AUGGACAAGGACGACUCAGCCACCCAGCAAAUCAUCGCCCUCUUCGCCCAUCUGAAUACGAACUCAGCGCGACAGGAUGCAUAUCACCGGAUUUUAGACCAGCUGAGCCCCCACGAAUGGCGCGAUGUGCGAGUACGCAUCAACCAACGUGCCUUUCAGAAAGAUAUCCUGGGCCAAUCACCCCCAGAGGUCGCGGUCCAAAUCGCUCAGUAUCUCGACCUCUCCGAGCUCCACGUCCUUCAGAGAGUCUCCAGAAAGUGGCAUUUGCUACUGUCGUCGGAGCUAAUCCGAGGAGCUAUAUACCACCAUUACAUCGGAUGCGGCCCACAUGUCACGGAGGACCAGUUCACUCGAUAUGCUAAACAGAGGCUUCGUUUGGAGCGUGGCCUGCCCCUCUCCAAGCUCCGGGAUCCGAAUCACUCCUUGCCAUUUGGCUCGAGUCUUGACUGCCAUGAUUACGCCAAUGGGAGACAUGCUUGGCUGGAGGGCAACACGCGCAUCAUCGUCCACAAUCUUUGCAACCACACGACGCAGGGUUUCUGCACUGAGAAUCGAGAUUCCUUCAGGGACCUGCGGCUCUCCGAAUCCAUGGUCGCAGCGAUCAGCGUGCGAGGGUACUGUCAUACCUGGAACCUUGAAACGGAAGAACAUGCAUCGUUCCGUAUCCCGGCUCUUCAUUUUCGGGCCUUUGUUGUUCGUGGUCUGCAGGUUGCCCUGGGCUUUGCCAACCCCAUGGCCGUUGGCGACGAAUCCAUCAUAUACUGGAACAUGAGCUCUGGAGUGGCACGUAGCAUUCAAGUUGAGCCCAACCUGGCAUUGGUUGGCCUGCACUCGACUACCAACAGCUUGACUACUCUCCAUCUUCAAAGAGAGAAUCACCUAGACAGCGAGGGUGGUCCGACCAGGUUUGGUCGCUGUGACUGCCUACAUGUCGUAAAAUACACAGUUGACGACCAUGGACGCAUCACCAGGGUGCCCUCGGAAACACCGCAACUACCGUUCCCACUAGGUAUGGAUUGGAACAUCGAGAUUCUGCACGAUAUAUCCAAUGACACCGGUGGUCGUUUAGCGGCAUUUUCCUGCCAGCGAACCCCAUCCACUGUGGCAUCGAUCACCCCUCGCCACAUCCUGGUAGCUGCCCACGACCCGCAGACCGACAGCAUGUACAUACAUGAGUUGCGCCCCGAAGAUUCACCGUACCUGCCUUUGUGCAUAACCGCGGUAGAUCGCAACCUUCUGUACUACGUGAAGAAUGAUAGAGGUAAACCCACCAUUUGGAUCUCCGACCCAGCGUCCCGGAACCCCCUUCGCCCGGCCAAAGCCGUGGAUCCCGAGUUGCCGAGAGAAGCCACAAGUAGGGUGUAUUCCUAUGCCAGCCGCUUUGUUCUCCGCGGUGACCGGGACUUCGUCUUGAUGGUCGACGAAACCGACGUGAAGGUGUGGCGGUUUGGGGACAUGCGGCUUGAAGGGGAGAUCGGGUGCGAAUAA